UGAGGUUUUGCGGGAAAUGUUUAACAUUUUUUAACAAAUUUCGUGAAUUUCGUGAUAUAGAUAAAGGUGAUAAGAAUAAAUUCAAGUCUUUUGCAAGUCGGAAAAGUGUUAGAAACGUGGAAAACCGGACCGCAAAAACGACGGGGUUGAAACCACGAAAAAGGAUUCAACCUUUUCUCGGCGGUAUUUUCCAGGGCUUGUGCUGGUGAAAUUCUACCUUUUUCCUACCCUUUUCCUUAUCAAUCUUAGCGUAUGGUGGUGAUCAACUGCUGGCCUCGUUUGCUGAAUUGGCGGUAAUCGCUGCCCCUCGUUCUUGUGAAGAAUCUGCUGCAUUCCGAAUUGCUGGUAAAACAUGGAAGAGGAAAAAAGUCGUAGAUCGAAAUCGCCUGCCGAAAAAAGUUCUAAAAAGAAGAGUGAGCGUAAGUCUCGAAGUCGCAGCUUGAGCCGCACUGAUAAACGUCGCAGUCCUUCCCGCAGUCCCAGCUACCGCCGUCGACAUGCCGGCGGCGGCGGCCCGAGCCGGAAGCGCUCUCGCAGUCCGUUGCCGUUUAGACCGCGACGCCGAUCGCCAGAUCGCGGCAUGCAGCGACGCCAUGGCCGGCGUGGGAGACGUACGCCGUCCCCAGGGAUGGGUGGCGGUAUGGGAAUGGGCCAGCAGCGAAUGAUGGGUGACGGUGGGGCGAGUGGAGGCUACAUGCAAAUGCCAAUGGAGAUGUAUGAUCCGUCCUGCUACGGAUACGAUAACAACGGCGGCUACAUGGGGAAUAUGAUGGGUGGGUACGGCUACGAUUACGGUCAGGCGACAGGAACGUACGGCACGAUGAUGGAUCCCUCGCAGGGAAUGAUGAUGGUAGCAACCGGUACGGAGUUCGACCAAUCGGCAUGGGGCCAGGUUCCGGUUCAACCUGUAAUACAGGAGACGGAGGAGGAGAAGCGCAAACGCGAAGCUGCAAUUACGUUUGAGCUGUUGAAUCAACGGGCGGCAUUGAAAAAGCAGCGUGACGACUACAAGCGGCGCGCAGGGGCACUCAAGCGUGAAUUGAAAACGCUAAAACAACAACGGUCCGAUCUAAGCUCGGGACGUGAACCACCCUCGCCAACGACGAACAAUUUCAUCAAAGAAAAUGACAAACUACAGUCACAAAUUGUUAGCAAGAUCAGUACGAUCGAAAACGUGAUUGAUAUGCUGGAUGGAAUCAUAGCGAAAGACAAAACGCCCUCUCCUCCACCAUUACCGCCGGGGGCGACUGUGCCGUCACUGCCUACCAUUCCCGAUCCUAGCCUCCCGCAAGCAUCGACCACGGAGGAUCGCGAAACCAGUGAUGGCGAUGGUGGACGCCGUAAAACUGGCGAGAGAAGAGAUUCGGAAUCACCAUCACCGGAACGGUUAAAAAAUGAAGUCCUCGAAAGCAUGCAGGCACGUGGUAAACGCAGAAAUUCCGACAAACGCCAUCCUGAUCAUUCCGAAGGGAAAAAGAAGAAACCACCCUUCAACUAUGUGCACUACGACCCAGAGUUGCACUGGUGCGCACCGUGCAACGUGUUUCCUAAGACGGCAAAGGACUACUUGAUGCACCUGCACUCGGCAGACCAUCGUCGCGUUGUUGGAGGCGACAAUAACACGAAAGAGCUGACUCCAUGGCGCGAUGAGCUGGAUACUGACGAUACGAUGGUAAAUCCGGAGGCUCCCACCAAGCGUACACCUAUACGGGGUCUACAGUUCUUUGUACCCGCAUCAGCCUGGUACUGUAAGCUGUGCCACGUUUGGAUGGGCGAUCUAAACUGCGCCUCGUGGCACUGGAAAUCGCAAACGCAUGCCGAAGCAUACGGGAAAUACAUCGAUGGUCACACCAAUUAUGAAAUCGACUGGAUGUCCGAUCGGCAAAAGGCUUACGAGAGCGCAACACCAGCGGCCGGUACCGGAGACGUUACAGAAGGGGAAAUACCUGCCCCACCGCCACCUCCGACAGCAGAGGAGCUAAAGGAACCAUUUGAAAACAAUGCCGCGAUGGACAAUAGCUUGAUGGAACCACCACCGCCAGUUUCAUUCGAUUUAACCGAUCUCGACGAAGGACACGGCAGAAAAGGAUCGCUUAAUGAGACGAAGGAAGAGUCACCGGUGCCACCACCGCCAUCGAUAACGACAAAAAAGGCGAAGAAAAAGAAAUCCCGUAAAGAAGAACGUAGAGAAAAGAAGAAAAAGAAACGCUCAAAGAAGCGUAAAAAGGCGGCUGCCUCGUCGAGCUCUUCGUCCAGUAGCUCAGAUUCGACCGAUUCGGAUUCCGAUUCCGAUUCCGAGCAGGACAGUAAAGCUAGCCCGAAGGAUGAGAGCAAUUUCCAUCCAACGGCCAACACGAUUCAAGCUGCCGUACGUAACAUGUUCAAGGAGAAAGAUGUGAAUGCACGGGAAGUGGUGGCAGCCGUUGCCGUAGCUGCUGCAGCUGCCGCUGCUGCCAAACCAUCGGUUGCUGCUGAAGCUACUACCCUGCAGAAUCUGGAUACCAAUCUAGGUAAGUGGACAGUCGUCCACCCAGCGCAGGAGAAAAAAAUUGCCGUAGAAGCUGUAACGAUCGCAGAGAAGCCACCACCGCCAUUAGCUGCAACUGUGCCUUCCGUUUCUGGCAAGGAUAGCAAGGGAUCCGUAGAGCGAGAGCGUGAGCGUGGCCAUGAUGACGAUCGUGGUGGUCGAGAUCGCGAUAGAGACCGUGAUAGACGCAGCGCUGACCGUCGGGAUCGUAGAAACCGUCGCGAUAGUCCUGUGGAUCGUCGUGAUCGAGACCGUGGCCGUCGCAACGACUAUCGUGAUCACCGUGAUCGUCGUGAUCGACGUCGAAGCAGAUCAAGAGGGCGUCGAAGUCGCAGCGGUAGCGGCGGAUACGGUGGUAGCAGGCGAUUCCGCCGAAGAUCAUACUCGCGUUCACGCUCAAGGUCGCGAUCCCACAGCCGCUCCCGUUCAGGCCGACGUGUGAUUGAGAAACCUGUGGUCAACUUUCCACCCGAAUCGCGCCCCGGAAAGACGGACAAGAAAACGCAAAAGCAACAAUCUAAAUCGAACCAUUCUGCGGAGAAAGGCAGCGGACGAUCAAGUAGUGACCGGAAAGAUAAGUCGAGCAAAUCUACCUCUAGCAAAGGCAGUAGUGCUACUGGUUCAGACAAAGGAACUACUACUACGAAGAAGCUGCCGUUCAUUGGGCGAAUGCCUGUUUUUAAAAAACAGCAAGCGGACGCGAAUGCGAAAAAGGAAGAGGCGGCAGCUGCCGCCGCAGCUGCUGUAGUCACACCGGAAGCAACGAAUCCAGUUAUGGCUCUGCCGAUUACUCCUGCCGUUGCUCAGUUCGCUGCUGCUGCCGCAGCUGCACGAGCUGCUAAUCAAGCUCAGUCCUACCUGGUGCCGACUGUUGGUAGUGGCAACAAUUCCAAUGAUGCUACCAUGUAUGCCUCAUCUGAUCCCACACAGCAGCAAGUGGAGUACGGAAUGGAAAUGGCGGCGGAAGUAGAUCCAUAUCAGUACGCGGCUUUACAAAUGGCGACGGUUGGAGACCCAACAGCGACAGGAGAAACCAUAGACAUGGCGGUUGAGCCGAAUCUAGGAGAACAAACUCACGUACAAAUUGAAGGCGAGGGUAUUGAAGAGGCGACAGCUGCUGCCCCCCUAGAAGACGAUAAUGAUCCGGAUGCAUACAUUGCUGCGGAGGGAGGAGAGGUUCCAUUGCCGAAAGAUUUACAGGCCGCACUGGACAUGAUCUACGAUGGAGGAGAAAAACCGAAACCAGCGGAUGUAAUUGCCAAGGAGGCAGCUGCAGCGGCUGCAGCAGCCGCCGCCGCAGCAGCAGCUGCCGCUAAACCACCAGAAAUAGAACCCUCUCCGAUGGACCAACAAGCGGCGAUCGCUGCAUCGAUGGGUGUUACUAUGAUGAUGGAUCACGAUCAACCGCACAUGAUCGUACCCGAGGCCAUCGAAAUGUACAACCAGCAGUACGCCCUGGAGUACGGAGUACAUCCAGCUGCUUACCAUGCAGCAGUUGCAGCUGCCGCGGCUGCCGGUGGUGUCGGUAUUCUAGGAAUGGGUGGCGUUGUGGGUACCGAGAUGCAGUACGCAGAAGAUGAGUCACAGAACCAACCACUCGAUAAUAUGAUGUACAGUGCAAUUCAUGCACAAGCCACCGGAACGGCUGCAAUGAUGCAUGCGGCCCACCAACAAAUGCUGGCAGCAGGACAGUUGGAUCCGAAUGCGGCAGCAUAUGCCAUGGCCAUGGCUGGCGGUACCGCCGGCUACACAACGGAAAUGAUGGCUGCUCAACAAACGACCGUUAUGGGAGAAGACGCGGAUCAAUUGCUGCUUAGCAACGAGGCAGCUAUUACUACUGCACUGGCGGAAAAUAUUUCUGAGGAUACUGGGGCUGCUGAUGUUGUUGACGAUGACGCUGGUACAGCGGAUGAUGCGGUUGCUACUGAUGGAGACGUAUACGCUACUGAAGAUACGGCGGUCAGUGGUUACGAAGUGCAGUCGAGUGAAGCCAUUGAAGCAGACAGUGAAAGCAACGAAAAGGCAGACCAGAACGAAGAGUCAACCGAAGAAGCUGAUCAAGAAGAGACGCAGCACUCCGACACCACCGACGAGGAUACAGACGACAAGUCAAACAUGGUUGAUGUACCUCAGCGGGCCAGUGCCGACGACAAUGAGGGAACCAAUCACUCAUGGCUAGAUAUGCCACAGGAUGAGAAUACCGCUACCUCAGCUCCGAGGGAAGAGCAAGAAUAUGAGGACGCAUCUGAGGAGCAGUACAGUCAACGAGGUGAGGACACGGCCGAAUCAUCGGAGCAGGAUACACAAGAGGGCUACGAGUAUGCGGUUACUUCGGAGCAGGAAAACGAUGAACGCUAUGACCCCGCAGUCGGUUCCGAUCCGGACGAUGCUUCUUCCAAAGAAAUGUUCGAUGAAUCGCCGUCCGUUGAACCCACGACGCAGUCUCUGCUGGACGACAUGGUGGCCGACACAAUGGUCCAGUAUAGCAUUGGAAAUGACCUAAUGGACGAGAAUUCGAAUGAUUCCUAAAGAUCAAAACACGUGGCAUGGUCAAAUGGUUGGCAAAUAGUUACGAUUUAUGUUUUAUCAUUACACUACACGAAGUACGGCGAUUUGGAAUCGGGAAUGCAUACAGGUGACAGGAAUCUGAUUUCCGGUUAAGCGCAUAUUAGGUGUAUAAAACGCCAGAUGAAAAUAAACCUCUUGCGGCAAAUGUUGUGGCGCUUUUUUAAUCGGUAACCAAAG